AUGGACACCUCGGGCAAGGAAAAAGAGGCCAUCCAACUGAUGGCUGAAGCGGAUAAAAAAGUCAAGUCGUCCGGGUCGUUUCUUGGAGGGAUGUUCGGAGGAAACCACAAGGUAGAGGAUGCAUGUGAGAUGUAUGCAAGAGCUGCCAACAUGUUUAAAAUGGCAAAGAACUGGAGUGUCUAUUCUCCAGCUGCAGGCAAUGCUUUCUGCCAGGCUGCAAAACUUCAUAUGCAAAUGCAGAACAAACUGGAUGCCGCCACCAGCUUUGUUGAUGCUGGCAAUGCGUACAAGAAGGCUGAUCCUCAAGAGGCUAUCAACUGCUUAAAUGCAGCCAUUGACAUAUAUACAGACAUGGGGCGAUUUACAAUUGCAGCCAAACACCACAUGACUAUUGCAGAAAUAUAUGAGUCCGAGCUGGUGGAUAUCGAAAAGGCAAUUGCCCAUUAUGAGCAGGCAGCUGACUAUUAUAAGGGAGAGGAAUCGAACAGCUCUGCUAACAAAUGUCUCCUGAAAGUUGGCUUUUACUGUGCACAGCUGGAACAGUAUCCAAAAGCUAUUGAAAUCUUUGAGCAGGUUGCAACUAGCACAAUGGAUAAUCCACUUCUAAAGUACAACGCAAAAGAAUACUUCUGGAAGGCUUCACUGUGCCACUUCAUUGUAGACGAAUUAAAUGCAAAGCUGGCCAUAGAGAAGUACGAGAGUAUGUUUCCAGCAUUCUCAGACUCAAGAGAAUGUAAGCUUUUGAAAAAACUACUGGAAGCACACGAAGAGCAGAACAGUGAGGCAUUCACAGAAGCUGUGAAAGAGUUUGACUCAAUCUCCCGUCUGGACCAGUGGCAGACCACCAUGUUACUCCGGAUCAAGAAAACAAUCCAGGGAGAUGGCGGUGACCUGAAAUAAAUAGUCAGUAACACUGUGGCGUACUUCCCUGCUCAUUUUUAUGUUUUAUUGUGACAAUCUGGUUGAACAGUUCUGUAGUGAUGCUAGCUCUAAUAUGUACCCUGAUGCUAGUCUUUUAGUUCACAGGUGCACAGUCUUAUUUGUGUAAUAAGACUAGCCUUCAGGACACUAGAGUCACAUACUGUGUCAGUAUUGUCAGUAUUAAAACAUUCUAUUAAAUGACUAGUGUGGUCUUUUAUCCCUUCAGUGCAAUGCAGCUUAAGCACAUUUAUUAUUUGACUGUUUCACUCAGUGUGUGGCAUGAAAAAAAAAACAAAUGACCAGAGUAUCUGUAUAUGUAUCUGUAUGUUCUGUAUAUUCAUUGUAAUCUUGUUACUGACAUUGUCUUGCAUGAUAAAUGUUCAGAGUUCAAUAUGUGGGUUCAUGCUUGUGCUUUUUACUUUGAAAUCACAGUUAUGUAAGUUUUAUUUCAGAUUUAAAAUGGUAUUGUCUUUAAUUUUGUUUCGUUACUCUUAUGUUGGAAUAUUGGCAUUUGUAGAUGACCUACCGGUACAAUUACAUGCUGCGUAUCACUGGAACACUGUGUUGCUCAUAAUUAUAAGAUACAAGAAAAAAUACCAAUUUUUUUUCUUGUGUCUUGGUGUUGGCGCAAAACUUCCCCAUGGCAAAUCUUCUGUAUCAGGCGUGAAAUUACUUUUAUUAUUUUAUAUAGGUCUAUCAUGUAUCAUUCCUGUGUGUAGUUAUCCUGCUUUUCACCUGGCAUAAAGAGGAAUUAUAUCUACCUUAAUGUGAAAAGUCAGGCUUAGUCUGAUCAGCUGCCGAGAAACUGGUUGAACUGGUCAAACUGGUGGAUGAGCUUUGCCAGGUGGUAGGUGCUCUGAGAAAGGAACCAGUCUCUGAAUUACUGUUUCUAAUCUGCUAAUGCUACAGCGUAGACAUGUCAUGAUUUAAGACAAUAUUAUAACACAACAGUAAUGGAUUUGGAAAUCCUCAAUUGAUUUAUUGAUGUAUUUGUUUACCAGUUGGUCAGGAAGGUCUUCCCUAAUUCACUCCCCAACCAGGCUUUAAUUUUUGUUGAAUAUUUAUUCAGUAAUACUAGUAUUUUCAGCAGUGUUCAGUGUGACUGUAAUUUAUACCUCAUGUCAUGAAGCAUGCUGUGAUUAAAUCAUUCUGAAUCCUUUAAAUACCAUGAGUAAAUAACAUUACUGUGGUGUCUUACCCACACGCUGCAAACUUAGCAUCA